AUGCACCGGCAGCAGGACUGUGGCCUCAGAGGCUUUCGACGGGACGGACGGACGGCCUCGCUCGCUCGCUCGCUCACGCCGUGCUCGGCUGCAGCUCCCAAACCGGAAGCCGUCUUCCCUGGCGCACUUGAGUGUUGCCCGGGAGAGCGAGCGCACCAUGACUGCCUAGCAGAGCCAGAGCGAGAGAGACAGAGAUGCUCGCCAACCUCCCACGGAGGUUCAGCCGAUUCCUACGUUAGUCGCCCCUCGGAUUCCGACCUGUCCCUGGAGGACGACCGGGAGGCGUCUCGGCGCGAAGCCGAGCGCCAGGCUCAGCUGCAGCUGGAUAGAGCCAAGUCGAAAGCAGUGGCCUUUGCCGUCAAAACCAACGUUAGUUAUUGCGGGGCUCUGGAUGAAGAUUGUCCAGUCCAAGGCGCAGCUAUUAAUUUUGAAACCAAAGACUUCCUGCACAUAAAAGAGAAAUACAACAACGAUUGGUGGAUCGGUCGUCUGGUGAAGGAGGGCGCGGACGUCACGUUCAUCCCGAGCCCCGUCAAACUGGAGGCCAUCAGGAUCAAACAGGAGCAGAAGGCAGCGGCGAGGAAAGGAGGCAACGCGUCUUCCGGAGGCUGGAGGUCCACGCCACCAUCUGCAGCUAAACAGAAGCAGAAACAGACGGAGCUUGUCCCCCCGUACGAUGUCGUUCCCUCCAUGCGGCCGGUGGUGCUGGUGGGGCCUUCGCUAAAAGGCUACGAGGUGACAGACAUGAUGCAGAAAGCCUUGUUUGACUUCCUAAAGCACCGAUUUGACGGCAGGAUCUCCAUCACACGGGUGACCGCCGACCUGUCGCUGGCCAAGCGCUCGGUGCUGAACAAGAAGGCCAUCAUGGAGCGAUCCAACACGCGCUCCAGCCUGGCUGAGGUCCAGAGCGAGAUCGAGAGGAUCUUUGAGCUCGCCAAGUCUCUGCAGCUGGUCGUCCUGGACGCAGACACCAUCAAUCACCCUGCGCAGCUUCUGAAAACGUCUCUGGCCCCCAUCGUUGUCUACGUCAAAGUAUCCUCGCCCAAAGUUUUGCAGAGGCUGAUCAAAUCUCGAGGGAAGUCACAGAGCAAACACCUGAACGUCCAGAUGAUGGCGGGGGACAAGCUUGCGCAGUGUCCGCCUGAGAUGUUUGACGUGAUCCUGGAUGAGAACCAGCUGGAGGACGCCUGCGAACAUCUGGCCGAGUAUCUGGACAUUUACUGGCGUGCGACCCACCUUCCUUGUUCUGCCCCCGUCAACCCGGUCCAGGACCAAAGUGUGAUCACGCCCCCUUCCGCUAACUCCAGUCAGCAGUUCUCGGAGACUCAAGAGUUAAUCGAGUGACCGCUUGCGGUGAGUUUUCCUCGCACUUCUCACGAAGCCACGGAGGUUGCAACGUGCUCUCUUCUCCUCCUGUGGAAGGCCAGCGGCAGCCCGCCGGCAGUGGAGCGAGGACGAAGGGCGCAAGCGGCCGCGGAGAGAGGACGCGAGUCAAGAUGGGGGCGAGCUUUCGCCCAUUCGCGUCCGCCCCCCGGCUCCUGACGCCGCGCGACAACUCGGGGUCGCCUUCUGCCACGCAGUCAGUCGCUCUGCGUUCGGCUGCGCGACGGCGGACGCGAGCCGCCGGCCGUCGGUACCGAUGAAGCCCGCUACACACGUCAACAUCGGACGGAACAUUUGCUGCUCCAGUGCUCACUUCCCACGCCAUUGACUAGAGCUUCAGCUACUACUAUUAGUACCACUAACAACAACAACAACAACUACUACUACUUCUCCUUUUACUACUAUCGCUAUUACAACUCACAAUAACAAUCAGUACAAUUACUACCACUACUCCUACUACUUGAACUAAUACUAGUACUAUUACCACUAGUACUUUUAGAACAACUAACUAAUAGUAAUCCGGUACUACUACUACUACUACUCCUCCGAGAUAUUACUAUUACUAUUACUACUAAUACUCCUGCUAGUAGUUGUUGUUGUUGUUGUUGUUGUUGCGACUUUGGGCUUGGCACAGUUUGUACACCGGAUGCCCUCCCUCAUGGAACCCACCCCUUUUUGGGAUUGGGUGUUGGACUAAUACUUACUACUGCUUACUACUACGACUACUACUGUACUAGGAGUUUCACUACUACUUAGCUCUAUUUCUACUACUACUACCUAGUUGCACAAGUAAUGACCCACUACUAUAAGAUGUGCUACAAUUAUUACUACUUAGUACUAGGGUAGUAGUACUCGUAGCACUACUAUUAUUAGUAUAGGUAGAGCAAACAUUGCGAACAUUUCCUUGACGUGCCACUUUUGGAAAGCUGUAACGUGUGCAGCGGGCUCAAGACCACAAACCCGUGCGGAAGGUUCCCAGGGUUCCUCGCUCCAACUCUCCGUCUCGCUCCUCCGGCGUUUAGCUCACGCCGAACCGAACGUUUCUUAAGAACGCCACAAAUUCUUUUGAGACACCGUCAGCCGUGGAGUCUAACACGCUUAACGUAAGCGGUAAAAAAAAACAAAAAUUAACCUUGCCUAUUGUCCCAAAACUGUAAAAAUUUGUAUCUUUUUCAUAGUUUCCCCACUUGGUUUAAGAGCGUCAAACAAAUGUAAAUAACAGACAAAUAUAACCCAAGUGAACUUCAAUGGUGAUUUCAUUUAUUAAAGACACAAAAACUAUUCAGACAAAUUCCUUGUGUGUUUUUUGGACAUACUCGGCAAAUAAAGAUGAUUCUGAUUCUGAUGAAUGGCCUUUUGAAGGUCAUCCAUCCAUUUUCUGUGGGGCUUCUCCUCACGCGGGUCGCGGGCGCGCCGGAGCCUAACCCAGCUAUCAUCGGGGUACGCCCUGAACCGGUUGCCAGCCAAUCGGAGGGCACAGACAAGCAGACAAGCAGUCACACUCGCGUGCACACCUACGGGCAAUUUCGAGUCUUCAAGCAACCUAGCAUGCAUGUCUUUGGGAUGUGGGAGGAAACGGGAGUGCCCGGAGAAAAGCCGCGCAGGCACGGGGAGGACAUGCAAACUCCGCACAGGCGGGGCCGGGGAUCGAACGCGGGUCCUCAGAACUGUGAGGCCGACGCUCUAACCGGUCGGCCACCGUGCCGCCUCUUUUGAAGGUCGUGCCGCUGCAUUUCAAUCGGGUUCAAGUCUGGACCCCGACGCCUUCAUUUUGUUUUGUUUCGGCCAUUCAGAAGUCGACUUGCUGGUGUGCUUUGGAUCGUUAUCCCGCUACACAACCCGAGUGCGCUUCGACUGGAGGUCACAAACUGAUCGAUGACCAUUCUCCUUCAGGAUUUUCUGUUAAAGAUGGGAAUUCAUGGUUCCAUCAAUCACACCAGGUUGUCCAGGUCCUGAAGGAGCAAUACAGCCCAAGACCAUUACACGACAACCACCAUGUUUGACUGUCGGUAUGAUGUUCUUUUUCGGAAAUGCUAUGCUCCAUUUAGACCAGAUGUAAUGAGACGCACACCUUCCCAAAAGCUCCACUUGCAUCUCAUCAGUCCAUAUAACACUCUUCUAAAGGUCUUGGGCGUCACUCAGAUGUAUUUUUGCAAAAGUAAGAUGAGCCUUUCUGUUCUUUUUGGUCAGCAGUGGUUUUGGCUUUGGAACUCUUCCAGGGAUGCCAUUUUUGCCCUGCAGUCUCUUCCUUAUUGUUGUGUCAUGGCCUCUGACCUUAACUAAGGCAAGGGAGGCCUGCCGUUCUUUCCAAGUUGUCCUGAGUUCCUUUGUGCCCUCCUGGAUGAGUCAUUGCUGUUCUCUUGGAGUAAUCUUUGUAGGCCGGCCACUCCUGGGAAGGUUCACCGCUGUUCCGUGUUUUCUCCAUGUGAGCAUAACACGUAAUGGCUCUCCCUAUGGUUCCCUGGAAUCUCAAAGCUUUUGAAAUGGGGGUUGUAGCCCUUUCCAGACCCAUACGUGUCAAUUACUCUAUUUCUCGACUGUUCUGGAAUUUCUUUAGAUUGUGUCAUUUUGUUGCAGCUUUUUUCGAUCUUUUGUCUAACUUGAUUUUGUCUGAACCGAUUCUGUUUCAGUGAUUUCUUCAUUGAACAGGUCUGGAGGUAACCAGGCUUGGGUGUGAUCAGUGAAAAUUAACCAGAUUGAUGAUUAGCCAUAGUUACCGUAAUUUCUUGCAUAUAAUGCGCACCACGCCCAUGUAUAAUACGCACCCCCCGAAGUUGACCUCAAAAUUCUGGAAAACCCUUCUACUAUUGUAUAAUGCAUUUUUACAAUGCACGAUUUAGCGUCUACCCAUACGAUCAAAACAUGAAGUAUUAUCUGUGUUUUGUUAGUUUUUCCAAAGAAUUAUUCUGAAGUUAAGCACUUUAUUUGAACAUAUACUUUCUUUUUAUUUACUUGCUCUUACUUUGAAAUUCACAGCCCUACUUGUAUUUAGUCAAUGAGGAAACACACAGUUGUGCUCAUAUGUUUGAUUACCCAGGCAGAAUUUGUAAUAUGUGUACAAUUAUUGUAAGAAAACAUGAAGGACCAAGCGAAACAAAUUUAAUUUUGUUUUAAUGGGAUUCAAAUGAAACUGUCAAGCAUUUAAGAAAAGCAUGAUUAGUCAAGAAAACAUAACCAUAAAGAAAUAAAUGAUGGUUGUUGUUCAGUCACAUCAGUCCUAUUUUAAAAAAAAAAAAAAAAAAAAAACAACAACAAUAUUUCACAAAUUCUGCCUGGGUAUGUAAACUUAUGGGUACAAUUGUACAUAUAUGCAGUCAUAUGUACCCCUGUCAUAGCGGAAUGAAAGUGCGCAGCAUUUCAUAACCUCUAGAUGGCGGCACACAUUUAGAAAAUGUGAACGUCUUUUUCAUUUUCUCCUGUACCGAUGUAUAAUGCGCACUAUUGACUUUUGACCAUUUUUGGGGUACAAAAUGCGCAUUAUACAGGAGAAAUUACGGUAAACCGUGAUUUAACAAGAAGGGUGGGGUUAUGACUUUUUCACGUGGGGCCAGGUAACUGAAUUAUUUUGUUUCCCUUAAUAAAUGAAGUCACCAUUUAAAAACGGCAUCUGAAGUUCACGUGGGUUAUCUUUGUCUGAUAUUUACAUUUGUUUGAUGAUCUUAAACAUUCAAGUGGGGAAACUAUGCAAUAAUAUAAGAACUUUGAAAAUAUCAGAAUGAUAAAGCCCAUAUUUGAGAUUUUAUGGACAGUCAUUAAGAAGCAACAUGGAGCUUUUUUCUGUAUCGUGAGCACCUAUGGAGGGGAAAAAGCUUACCGUCCAUAAAGUCCAAAAUAGUAAUAGAGUUUGAAGUGGGCACAAGGAGAGAUGUCCACAUCCAUUUUGAUGACGAUUGAUCGCAGUUUACGGACGUUAAACAAAGUUAAGCGUUUCAGAAAAACUUGAAUCUUUCCGAGUUGCGUGAUUUACUUCUGAUAUGCUGUAGCCUUUUUUUCUACGCCAAAUCUACGUAGUAGCUAAUGACAUAUCUUUCUGCACACGGCGAUGCAUGUCAAGCACAGACUCGCAAAGGAACCCUCCUUCACAAAUUACACUCCCAUUUUAUGGAUGCACAACUGCCAAAUGCCUGACUUACAAUUUGUUCACUAGUUAUCUUUUAUGACAUCACUCCUAAGAAAAAAGAAAAAACAAAGCACAUUUAUACCAAAAUGUGUGUUGUUAUUCAGGGGUUUUAAGCAAAUCAAUCAGAUAAAUAAAUCACGCAUUUUCACUUAAUAUCGCAUCUGACAUGAACCAUAAAGAAUGCUUAGUUCGACAAAAACCUAGCCCGUAGACGCUUCCGACCCAUUCUCCCCACUUUCAUCGGAGAAAACGAAGUAAACAAUACUAUUGGUCGAUUUGUGGGUGAUUUGAACCGCAAAAUCGUCUUCAACUACCCUAAUGGAUUUUGGAAAAUUGUCGGUAGGGUAACGAAUUACUUGUAAUGCACAUCGAUAGUCACGCUCUGAUAGCAUUUAAAGCAUAACAUCGAUAAAAUAACGGAUCAGGUUUCGACCGUUAAAUCCCCAGUGUGCUUCGAAGAGAAUUUGAGGAAGAUUUUCCUCGAUGUAGCGCCUGGUAAAUUUGGGAUAAUACGGGCUUUUCCUCCCGCUCUGGGAGCAACUUGCAGUAUGUGUAUCGAAUAUGAAUUUGCAUAAAUCAAGCUAACGCUCAACUUACACUGUGUAUUUACAGCACUGCGCUCUUCACGUUGAGUGUUUCGCCUCCCAUCGUGUACAACCCGUCAACUGGUUAACAUUGUAAAUAAUCUCACGUGCAUGACAUCAUUGUAUUGCCGUUACAUCAGACGGGCUGGCCCUCAUUCAGACGUCGGCCGUCACAAGCGCGCAGUAUCAACGCUUCAUUGCACAGAUGAUAUUUCAAUGACAAGUUAUUGCGAUUAGGAUGAUUAUCCGACCGCUCAGACUACUGAGGGGAAGCACGCCAACGCACAAAAUAUAUUUCCAAUAAUUCAUUCAAGCCACCAUGCCACCUUUAUUCAUUGUAUAGGCAGUACUUUUCAGUAACAUUUUCACAUUAUGCACUGUCCUACAAGCACAAAGAUGGAUUAUCUGACAUGAACAAUUCUAAUGGUAAUCUGUUAAAAACGAUACAACUAUUUAAACACGCUUCACUUUAUUGCUCAAAGAAGAAGGCCGACGCGUACGCCGCGGAUGGACGACGGCGGACCCCCACUAUUGGCGGUGGAUAGGGACCGCGUCGAAACGCGCAUCGCCAAAAUGUGCAGAUAAUUCACAGCCAUUAGAAUUGCUUUGAAAAAAUAUACAAAUAUAUAUAUAUAUAUCUAUAUAUAUAUAUAUAUAACCCCAGAAAUCUUGGAAAUGCUGAGAUACACUGCCAAUAAGUGUUUUCGGUGUUGAUCCAGCUUCCCCCAAAAAAGAGAAAGACUGGGGGGAAAAAAGAAUCAAAUCUGCAAAUCGACGAAUCCGUGGGUGGCGACCCACGAGUUUAUUUCCAAGACGUUAGUGCUAUUCGGCUUGCAGGUGAAAUGUCGAUCAAAGUCCCUCGCGCUCAAAAGGUUGGUCCAUCGUGACUCAGUCCUUUCAAGCCAACGGUGACUGAGCAAAACAAGAAGCCGAAUCUUGUUCAAAUAAAAGCGACACUUUCACAUGACCGCCGGAGCUCAUUGCGCAAACGCUCCGGACAAAAGCACUUGGACUCCGCUGACUUCCAUUCCGCUUCCUACGAUCCAAUUGGAUUGAGCCGUCCUCGUCACGUUAAGCCUUCCAGGCGAAAAUAUAUCGAUUCGAAUCGUUUUAAAAGGUAGUCACGUCGCUUUUAAAGCUCAGAGGACAAAGACGUUCACAAUGUUCUCGCUAACUCUAGAAGCCCUUUGCAAACCGCACCUGUCAUUUCGAAGUGAUUAUACAGCGGAUAUAAAGCAGUUCAAUGGAUAAAUAUGAUUGCGAAUGCGCCUGUGACGUGACGCGAGCCAAACAUCCUGUUCAUUCGGCCGUGCUGUAUAUUUCUUGUCAAAUGAUGUGACGCCAUCACGUACGUCGAAAUCCUCCUCCUCCUCCUCCUCCACGUUGCGUAUCGAGCGGUGUUUGGCGAUUGCGACGUCACUUCCGGCGGCCCUCGCGGCGGAUAGAGGAACCGCGGCCCGGCGUCUUUUGAGCUUCGGGUAUGUGCUCGAUAUGCGCCAGAGGAAAACUCAUUUUUAGCUCAACUGUGCAUGUUUUACAUGACAGAGGAACAAUGCAAAUAUGAAUUUUAACUGAGCCCAUAACAUAUUUGUCCUCUGACCUUUAAGCGCGACAGAUAGCACAACCUUAAGUGCUACUCGACUACGUUUUCCUGUCUGCGACGUCGCAGGGGAUCAUGGGAGCGUCAAGCAGUCUAGGUUUUCUUUCUGGCGCUAUUGGGUCAGGGUUAGGUCUGAGAAGAAAAUCGCAUCUCCCGUGAUCCCCUGCAAAGUGCGCGAGGUGCCUACGCAGUAGCAGGAAAUAUGCAUGACGGCGCAUCGAGCAGCGCGCUAAAAGUGUCCUGCGAAUCAUAAAUCAAAAGUACGGACGCAAUUUGGUCGUGCAGUGAGGACGGAUGCAGAAAAUGUGUUCCAAGAACGGUUGAAUUUUGGGCUAAAAAGUCACUGAAUCGUUUCGGUCCACUAAAUCGUUCGAAAUGAAUCGAAUCGGCACCCACGGUUGGUGAUGCGAACCGAACCGUUGUGGAAAAUGAAUGGUUACCCCCCUCGUUCGUCUACAUUGUUGAAGUGUUCGGGAGUUCCAUCUUCAAGGUUGAAGAGAGCUGCGCUUGAAUGCCACUUUAACAGGAGCGAUGAAAACCAGCUCGGCAGCAACUCCCGAUUUGCAGCACCGAGCUAAACAAAGCAAAGACUGGAUUUCUAGAAUUACGCACAGAAUAGUGACAGAAUCAACAAAUGCGCCACUGGAACUGCAUCGGGGGGUGGGGGGCUGGGAAUGCGAUGGCCCCCCCACAGACACGCUGGCAAAACAAUAUGACUUCAAGUGUGUUGUUCUUCUCUUCCCACCAAUCAACUCCGACACCCCGAACCCAUCACCGUCUGUAGAAACCCAAAGCCCGCUUUCGUCGCAUUGCCUUUCACGCCCAGAUAGCUCCUCGGGAAUUUCAUUUCAUUUCAUGGAGCGUGUUUGCACUUUUCUCCUCUGCUUUUCGAUGACCUCCAAGUUCGGAUCUGACGGCGCACCUAUUUGCUUGACCGCCGCAGUGAUACUGCGUGUCCAGCAGGGGGCGGCACGCGCUCGAACAGCUCUGUACUGGACCCGGAGGGCGUGCUGUGUGCGCAACGGGAAUUAUAACACCAUCAAGGUGAGGAUAAUCAUCAUCAUAAUAAUCGUAACAAUGAUCGCAAGAAUGAUGCCGAGUCCAAGUCUUCAAAUUGACAAAAGGUUUGAUCUUUUUGGCAUUCAGUGGUUUAGUUUGACAGUUUAUCAAGACGGUUCAUUCCUUCCAUGAGGUGGCUAUUUUUGCUUUUGGGGGCAAAAAAUAUAUGCGACCAUAAAUAACUGCUAAACGUAACACAAAACAUUGGUAAAUUCUAUAACGUCAAGCUUGAGCCUGAGAUGUAGUCAUGUUUCAUAGUUCUCCACUCCGCAAUAGUAGAAAUAAAGCUCUUACUGCGUUGGAACGUCAAAUAAUCAAGGUAUUUACAUCCCUGUUGCCUUUUCAUGGCAAAUAUUUUGACUGGAAAUGAAAAUUCCGCACAUAAUCGGCGCAACUUGUCAGAGGGAUGUCAAUACCAAAUCUUGGGCCCCGAAGGAUACUGAACAAAUAGAGUCAUUUCCAUAUGUAUUAAACCAAUGGAGCACAAUUACAUGACAAAUACUGGAUCAUCUAAUGACAAAUAAUCAUCAUCAUCGAAUAACAAAAUAAGGUUGACCCAAAUGUCAAAAAAUGAGUAUCGUAUUCAAAGUACGUGAACGAGCCUCAAGCAAGCCUUGCGUGAAGUCUACUCCCGAGCACCGGUGACCACCGACACACGGGGUUUGCCCCAUUUUGUUCUUUUUGGACGAAUACAAUACACGCGGCGCGAUCCAUUGCUGCUGCCGUUGCCGUGGCGACGCGUGGGAAAUGUAGAAAAACUAUAACAGCGCACUCGUUUGAAGUACGUCCCCGUCCGGGAUAAUGACGUCAGCUCGCGGCGCAAACAUGGCCGCUGUCCCGUUAGGACGCGACAUCCCCUCUUAACAUUGUUGCUACUUUCAAAUGUGCAUCGUCACAUGACAUCACACUUUUGCCAUUUGACAAAGCACCUGAAUAACGAUGACACGAUUGGUCGGUGGCUAACCGCUAAUGCUACGUGUGCUGCGCAGCGAGUGACAGGCUGGACUGAUUGCGUUCUUCCUUUGAUUGCUUUUCUUCAAAUGAAUAAACACAGUGUUGGCAAAAGGGCGACUCUGAUUGGCUGUUGAUGUCAGAUCGAACUCCGCACAUCAACGUGUACUUGAGCGGUGUCAAUAAAUGUGUUUCUGCGU